CAUAUGUGUACGCGGAGACUAUAAAACUGGCAUACUUAAAUGUAUACAUUAAUUUAAUGUAAUUAAUGCAUAAUCAGUCAGUCAGCCGGUCAUUUGUUUAGUUAGUUAGUAGUUUUGAAUGGUAACGGUACACUAUAAUGUGAGAAUUCAUACAAACUACCUGUGAAAAUUAUAUCCUGUAACAACGUCUACAUUUCAAAAGCUUGAGUAUGGGAAUUUGAACGUACCCUUAUAUCAUAACCAUCUACUUUACUUAAUUACAAAUCUGAAAGGUUAUAAAUACACAAAUACACUUUUUCAAUUAUACCAUUUUAGUUGUUGGUUUCGACUGAAGCGAAAAAGCACUACAACUACUACUACUAGUCCUGCCAUAGUAAUAAAAUGUCAUGUGUUCCUUUGUUAACUACUCUAAUUCUCCUUACAAUGUUGAACAUGAAAACAACUUGUAAAAGACAAAAACUUCGUAUGGAUUAUACUGAUUCUUGUCCAUCAAUGUGUAAAUGUUCAAUAAAUUCACCUAACACUAACAAUAAUGAUUCAAUGUUCAAUAUGAAAAAGAAUAUGAUAGCUAACUAUGCUGAAAUGAAUUAUUCUAUACUAGCUAGAUGUUGGAUUACAUCUGAUUUAAUCUUUUUGGAAUGUACACCAAAAUGGAAUAUUUUACACUUACAGAUAUUGAACGAUUAUAAGGAAUACUCUAAAGAUUUGAAAUAUACUAAUAAUGAUAUUCAUAUUGAACCAUCAAUAAAUUUAUUCCAUAAAUGUAAGUCAAUUGAAAGAUUAGCAAUUUGGGAGAAAAGUCAAAUUAAUUAUUUAUCAAAUAGUCUUUUUAAACCAUUGACAAAUUUAACACGUUUAAUUAUUCAAUUACCAAUGUUAUAUUAUUUACCGAGUCAUUUUUUAAUUUUUAUGCCACAAUUAACAUUUUUAAUGAUAUCUAAAUCACCACUUCUUAAAAGGAUAUCAUAUGAAGUAUUUGAACCAUGUCCAAGAAAUUUGAAAAUAUUAUGGCUUAAUGGAAAUGGAUUAGAGGAGUUAUUAAUGAUGGGAUUAUUUCAAAGUUGUGAUCUACACGAAUUAUGGUUGAAUGAAAAUAAGCUAAAAUCAAUACCGGUAGGAAGUUUAAAUGGAUUAGAGAAUCUACAAUAUCUAAGAUUAGAUCAUAAUAAUUUAUACGGUUCAUUAGAAGAAGUUAUGGGUGUAAUAUUGAAAAAACCAAGUCUGUAUGAUAAUGAUGAUCAAUAUUCAGCAUUAUAUGAGGUGAAAAUGCUGAAAUUCUUGGAUUUAUCAUUUAAUAGAAUUACAUCAAUUCAAGGUUAUCUUUGGUCAGGUCUAUGCUCUUCUAUGUACAAUAAAGGUCUUUGUCAUUUGGAACACCUUAGAUUGGAAUAUAAUGAACUUAUCUAUUUGGCGCCUAAUUCAUUCAUUGGUUUACCAAAGUUAAGAAAACUUACACUUUCUGGUAAUCUUAAGUUGUAUUCACCAGAAGGUAUUAUGAGUUUAACACUAUCAUUACAUAGUUUAGUAUUUUCAACAAAAUAUUUGGAUGAAGUAUUGAUACCAAUAAAAAAUGAAGCAAUUGAUACAUUGAAUAUCUGUCAAGUGGAAUUGGAUGAGUCAAGAGUUUCACUUAUAGAUAAAUGGUUGAAGUCAAUCAUUAUUGAAUUAAAUCAUAGUCGAUGUCAUAAACACGAUGAGUGGAACAAAGAACUUCCUACAGAACAAACUACUUCCCUGAUCAUCGAUCAGUCACAGACUUUUAGUCCGAAUGUAACCAAAUCUACAAGAGUACAUAAUACUUUCGUCUCAAAUCUGUCAGAAUAUCGUAAUAGACUAAUAACAUAUGUGAGAAAUUCAACUGAAAUGGAGUUAGUAUCAAUUUUUGUUGGACUUGCAUGUUUCGGAGUAGUCCUAGGCUCAUCAGUUGUUGUAUUAAUCUGGUAUUUGACUAGACCGCGCAUGAAAACUAUUGAAUCUGGAAAAUGUAAUAAGGCAAAAAUUCAAAUAAAACAAAGUGAAAAUAGAUCAGUUCAAAAUUACAUUCCAUUGACUCAGAUUCCUCAAUCUAGUUCAAUACAAAAUAUCUCACAAUCUUCAACCUACAUCCAUCCAUAUCAUCAAAUGCAAUCUCAAGUAUGUUAUCAACUUUUGAAAAGUGAUCUUAUCCAUUCAUCAACUGGAAAUUCAAUUGUCUAUCCCUUAAUUGGUUGUAAUUCACUUUGUCAUAUACCCACAGGUAGACUGAUGAACACUGUUACUACUACUACUACUACUAACAAUAAUAAAAGUAAUAAUUAUGAUUACAAUUUAUCACAUCAAUCACUAAACACAAUGAUUAUCAAGUAUCCGUCAGCCUCUACUUCACCUUACAUGAAACAACCUGACCUAUUGUGUUCACCAACAAUGGAAUCUAGUAUCUCAGAGUCUGUAUAUAGUCUGGGGACAAAUCGAUCCACCAGUAAGAGGUCUCAACAUAAAAAAUCUAUGAGCAAAUUUUCUUAAAUGGUUGAGUACAUAAAUAUCCAAAUUUUAAAUAAAUGAAUUUAAUUUAAGAUGAUAUAUAACUUUUCAAUGAAACAUGAAAGUGGUUCCAAAUGAAAGCUAAUGGUGAUAUCUUGGUAAUUUUCUGAUGACCUUGGGUUGAUGGGCUAAUCACUGUCACCUUGUGACUUUACUGACCGUUUUCGAUGGUUUUACAUUGACCCUUUAGCUAUUGAUGAGUCUAUAUUUUAUUGUAACCAUAGUUAUGAUUGCACAGCCUGUGAAAAUGAUUCGUCGAAAAGAAAAU